AUGGCCACCCGGUCUGACCACCCUACGGAAAGUCUUCCACCUAGACCGGAAUGUGACCCGGACCAAUCUGAAAAUGAACGCCAACCUUCCCCGGACGGUCGGCGGGACUCGGACGAGCGAAAUCGCGAUGCGCUGGAACUCCACGAGAUCGAAACCCAAGACGACGAAGCCGGCACCUCCACAGCCUCAAUUUCAUCCGGCGAGUACCGCACAACGACCCUCCGGACGGGAUCUCGCACCAGUCAGCGGACGGUGCAGAGUCGGGCUCCACGCAAGGGAUUGCCGGGCUACGUGCAGCGGUUCUGGACGCGCAAUGUCGUGCUGACGGUGCCGCAGAAGAGCAAUCGCGAUCAUUUCGCCCUCGAACGGACAUUCCUCGCGUACAUCCGCACGUCCGUCAUCCUAGCCAUGCAGGGCGUGUUGGUGGCACAGCUCUUCCGUCUGCAACGUCAAACCGACCCUAACUCGGAGCUGGGAUAUUACGAAGUGGGUGUGCCCCUGUCGGUCGCGUGCCAUUGCGCCGCUAUCCUGGUAGCCUUUAUGGGCGCGCAUCGCUUUUUCAAGCAGCAGAAUGCCGUCGCGCUGGGCACGGUGUAUGCGGGGGGAUGGGAGUUGUAUUGUAUCGGGGGGUUGAUUGGACUGAUCAUUCUGGCGACAUUCGUCCUCUCGAUCAUCAUAACCGUGGAAAUCGAAUCCCAUAUCCAUGAUACUUGA